CUGGAGCCUGAGUGGGUGGUCUUCGCUCUGCUCUCGUGACUGCCUUUCCUUCACGGUUUGGCCCGGCACUUCGCUGCACCCCGGCCGGCAUUGUUGCAUCAUCCCUCGGUGCCUAAUGCCAGACGACUCAAUCCACCCUCUCAUGCAUCCUCGAUCCCUCUCUCCAGCAGCAACAGCAUCCGGACCCCGCGACACAAUGGACGAUCUCGACCUCGCCGGAGGCAACGUGCGCAGGAGGGGGAGGGCGUCAUGGGUGCUGGUGCUGUCCUACGGCUUCGACUGGCUGGUCCUGGUCGUGUUCGCCGUCGUCGGAUACGUGUUGGGCAACCUCACACCAAACAAGCGUCCGUUCUCGCUUGACGAUCGCGAUAUCGCUUUUCCAUUCACCGUCAAGGAGACUGUUCCCACCUGGCUACUGGUCAUAGUUGCCAUCGUAGCCCCCAUCGCGGUCGUUGCUGUCGUCGCCCUGGUCUUCGUCCCCGGCGCGACGGUACCCGCUGGCACCCCGAAGUCGCUGAUCUGGAAGCGCAAGCUGUGGGAGCUGCAUGCAGGCUGGCUGGGCCUCGCCUUGUCGAUAGUGGCCGCAUGGUUCAUUACCAACGGGAUGAAGAACCUCUUCGGAAAGCCUCGACCCGACCUGCUGUCCCGAUGCCAGCCCGACCUCGACAACCUCUCGCGGUAUAUUAUCGGCGGCUUGAAGACGGCAACCGCCAGCGGACAGCUCGUGAGCCCAAGCAUCUGCAAGAACCCGGACAAGGCUACGCUGGACGAUGGGUUCAGGAGUUACCCCAGUGGACACUCGAGCUCGUCAGCUGCAGGGCUGAUUUAUCUAUCCCUGUUUGUGGCGAGCAAGUUCGCCAUCACCAUUCCCUUUCUCGCUCCGGCCGGCUUCGCCGACGCCUCCGCCUUUGCCGCCUUCCCCUCGCGGACGCGGCUGCCGGGUAUUAAGGUCGCCGGGCCGGACACGUACGAACUUGGCGCCCGCCAUGCAGCUGCGCCCUCGCGGUCCACUCUGGAUGCCACUCUGGGCAACAAGGGGAUUGCGCGGCACAACCGGACCGUCGCUGCGGUACGACGGCAAGCAGCCGCGCCGCCCAUCUACCUCCUGUGCAUCGCCCUCGUUCCCUUCUUCGCGUCCGUCUUCAUCGCCGGCUCACGGUGGUGGGAUUUCCGGCACCACGGCUUCGACAUCCUGUUUGGUUACCUGAUCGGGACCAUCACGGCGAUCUUCUCGUUCCGCUACUACCACCUGCCCAUCUCCCAGGGCGCCGGCUGGGCGUGGGGGCCGCGCAGCAAUGAGAAGGCCUUCUGGGCCGGCGUGGGGAGCUUCAGCUACGCGACGGACCGCUUGCGGGGAGAGUAUCGGUCCGGCGACGAAGAGGAGGCCCUCGGGGCGGCGGACGCGUUCGGCCACGGCAGUGCCCUGGGCGCCACUCCGCAUGCUGCCUCUGCGCGCAAGGCGCCGGGCGCUCCCUCGGUUGCUCAUGACUCGUACAUGGGCGCUUCCGAGAGUUAGUCUUGCAUGUUCAGAAACGUCAUUUUUCUACCGUUUUUUACCGUUACCCACGAGGGCAGUGCACUUCGUCUACAAGCGGUUGGUAUUGCACGGGUCGUUCUGAUACUUGGGAGGGGCUAGAGAUACACGCCGUCUUCUCGGUGUUCGGGGUUAUCAUUCUGAUGUUUGGGGUCAAAAGAGCCAGUCCUCUGGAG